AUGAAUCCAGCCAACACCAAGCCCUACCAUCUUCCGGAUGGCGCCAUCUGGCUGAUCACCGGGUGCUCGAAGGGCAUCGGCCGUGAGAUUGCCAAGUUCAUCGCGGCAAAGCCCACGCAGCGACUCAUUGCAACUGCGCGGGAUCCCUCUACCCUUUCCUACCUUGCCGACAACGACCCCGACAUCCUCAAGCUUGCCCUAGACGUCACCUCACCCGUCUCCGUCAACAAUGCCUUCAAGGCGGCCGCAGCUCACUUUGGGGAGACCCAUUACAUCGACGUGGUGGUCAACAACGCCGGAUACUCCCUUUCAGGCGAUACCGAGGCCGCAACAGACGAGGAAACUCAUCACGAGAUGGAAACUCUGUUUUUCGGCACCGCCCGUGUGACUAUGCGCGCCGUCGAGGCCAUGCGCCAGGACAAGCAGCGCCGCGGUGGCUUGGUUUUCAACAUAUCCUCCUUGGCCGGGGUAUGUGCCUUUCCCGGCCACGCGUACUAUCACGCGGGCAAGUUCGCCGUCGAAGGCUGGACCGAGUCUGUCGCUCGGGAAAUGCAUCCCGAUUGGAACAUCAACUUCUGCAUCGUUGAACCAAGCGGUGUCAAGACGGACUUUGAAAGCGGCGGCAAGAAAUACAUGCAACCCCAUGCAGCCUAUGCGGCCGACGACAUGCCCUCUCGAAAGUUGGAGGCCUUUGUUCGACAGAGUAUCAAGUCUGGUGCUGGCAUGCUUGAGCCCGCCGCCCUCGCCAGAGUUCUGUUUGAGGUGGCCAGUCGAGGCCAGGAAGUUCCACUUCAUCUGCCUUUUGGCGCUCCUGCAUUGAUGCUGAUCAAAUCCAAGUUGGAGGGACGCCUGCAGGACCUGGAGUCGAUCAAGGGCCUGAGUGCCAUUGAUCAAUAA